CCUCGAGGAAAUCGGCUCAUCCCCGCAGUGAAUAGAAUAUACACUUGCGGCCGGGCUUGCCGUGACUCAUUUUUAUAUCCACGUGUAAAUCACGCGAUGUGAGCCACUGCACACGGUAGUUUGACCCUAACUUAAAUUUGGAAUUUACCCUUUCUUUCUACUACGAUCAUCAAUGGUUCGACGCUCCCUGCGAAUUCAGGAAAAGGAACUUGCGCCAGUUCAGUCGCACGACCUUGGUGAAGUCACUGUACCCCGCAAACGUGUCACCAGAGACGCAGAAGACAGCGAAGAUUAUGCUGAAGACUCCGAUGGUGGAGUGGCUCCUAUAAGAAGAAAAAGGAAGAGAUCGAAGAAAGCAGCUAAUUUAAAGUCCAAAGUAGAAUCUUCUAGCAAAGAUGAGGGUCGUGCUGCUGCAAGAACCAAGAAGCAGAACAUGCCGGAGCAAUUCAAGAAAGUUCGAGGGAAAUUAGGCCUGCUGGAGAGAGUGACAAAGGACGUUCCAAUGGAUGUGAUUUUUGAGAUAUUCGGACAUCUUGAUCCAGGCGAUCUUCUGCAUCUUGCACGUACAUCCAGAGAGCUUCGUGAUAUCUUGAUGAGUAAAUCCUCAGAGGGCAUCUGGCGCGCUGCACGCAGAAACGUGGAAGGUCUGCCGCCUCUCCCGAGCGAUCUGAAUGAACCCCAAUACGCACAUCUUCUAUUUGAGCCUUAUUGCCAUAUAUGUAGGUAUCCAGGACACUGUGACAAUGUACUGUGGAAUUUUCGCAUGAGGGCGUGCAAGAAGUGCGUUCUAGCCACUUUUCCUUCACCUCAAGACCCUGAUUAUACGAAAGGUCAGCCUCGCGAUUGGAUAUUAGGGGGCAUCCUUCCGAUAGAGAUAAUCUCUCUCAAGAAAGGUCAUCAUUAUGGGCACUUCGGCAGCCGUGAAAUCAUGGAACGAUUCAAAACUGAAUAUGAAGCACUCCAGACCGAGGAAGAUCGCAAAGCAUGGAUUGUCCGCAAGGAGUGUGAGCGUAAAAUGGUGCGGGAGCAUGGUCGCCUUUGUGAACAGUGGCUCAAAGAGAGAUUAGGCAACCGUGCAGAUGAACUAAGCGCUAUCCGCAGUGAAAGAAAGGAAUCGAUCCUCAUUCGGCUCGGCGAAAUCGGCUGGCGCGAAGAAGCCGAGAAAAUCUUGAGUGGGCCUUCUUCCCGAGAUAACUUCAGCAAACACAAGCUGGUCAAGCAAUCGAAGAAACUUACUGCUCAUGGCUGGAAUAGCAUAAAACAUGAACUGGUAAAAUUACUGUCGGGACACAAGAGAGAACGCACUGCAGAAGAGCGAAGCUGUCUGUUAUCCGGGUCUUCUCGUUUUGAUCGCCUUCAUAAAGUAUUCAGUGAACUUCGCUUGGAAUCGGAUCUCCGUGAACCUUUUCCGAGCUUGGGCGAUGUCCUCGCAUAUGAUGGUUUUGAAGGCGUGAUCCAGGACAUGUUUCAAGACGAAAAUGGACUGUCCGAAAAUUUGCUUCGCUCAAAACUCUUGAUACUUUUGCCGAAAAUGAUUGAGGAAUGGAGACCCGCCAAAAUACAGGAACUUGUGGAUAUCAUGCAGAUAUCUCGUCCGGCAGCUACAGCCGAUGACCUAUAUCUUGCCACAACGAUGUUCGAAUGUACAGGUUGCUAUUCACCUACUACAUUGUACUAUCCUCAAAUGUUCCACCACGAGUGCUGCAUCAAUAAGAAGAGUCUCGCGGAUCUACCACUUUACUAUGAAUGCCCAUGGUCGUCCAGACGAAUCGUUUUCAGCGACGCCCGUUCGAAAAUGGCGAAAACAAUCGUCAAGGCAUGUUCCCUUGAUACCACCAUUACGAAAUUUCCAGACAUGUUCAGUGUUAACGCGCUUUUCGAAUGCCUGAGUUGCCAAUGGAACCCUCAAGGUGCCUCAAAAGGUAGCCGGCUUUUCAUGCGAUGGCCACUUCCGCUGGCUCAUGAUAUAGGCCAUUGUUUCACUAUCACUAGCACGGCAUUCGAUGAAAAAAUCCUCGCCUGCGAAUCGCCUAUUAGGAGCCCCGCAUUCCUGCCUAUAUGUUGUGCGUACUGUCACAAGGCUCACGCACGCAAAGCUAUCGUGGAUCAUUUGAAAAACCAGUACAUGCCAAUCUAUCUUCCUGGUUUGUCUGCUCACGAAAUUAAUCUUUUGUCUUAGGCACGGCAAUGUCAUCAAUACCAACGAACUUGAGAAUGAUCC